AUGGAGGCUCCACCGCAACUCGCCACUCCAUCCGCCAUCGUCACCACGGCGGAUGCUCCACCUCGGCUGUUCCAGCCUCCUACCAACAUCAAUUCAGACGAAUCUUGGAACGAUCCACCCCUUCCAAAGCUCCGCCUCAUGUGCAGCUACGGCGGACAUAUAGUCCCCCGCCCACAUGACAAGUCCCUCUGCUACAUCGGCGGUGACACCCGUAUGAUCGUCAUCGACCGCCAUACUUCCCUUUCCGACAUCCACCACCGCCUUUCCAAAACCCUUUUAAACAACCAGCCCUUCACUUUGAAGUACCAACUCCCGAAUGAAGAUCUAGACUCAUUAAUUUCCAUCUCUUCAGAUGAAGACCUUGAAUGCAUGGUCGAAGAGCACGACCGUUUGAAUAACAGAAACAGUAGUUUGAAAAAAUCAGGCCGGCUUCGUUUGUUUUUAUUUCCAAAAUCUUCGAGUAUUGAGCAUUUGCUGAUAGAGACCUCUUCGACUAAAUCAGAGGACUGGUUUCUAAAUGUACUGAAUGGGAAAGGUUGGAAUUUGUCUACUGCUGCAAGUGAUCUUGGGUUUUCAGAUUCAUCUUCGAUCAAUUAUCUACUUGGACUUGAUGAUGAUUUUGGUGGAAAGUCUGCUGCCACAGGAAAUGAAGUAGAAUCCCAAUUGGAGGGAUCAAAGAACUGUUCGAACCAUACUGUUAAUCUAGAUGUGCAUCCGGUCCCUGAUUCUCCAAUGGUGGAGACAUCGUCAUCAUUUGGGUCUACAUCAAGUUCACCUUCUGUAGCAAACCUACCGCCCAUAAGAGAGACCAUGAAGGAGAAUCAGAAGUUGGGAGUUGAAGAGCGUUUUCAGCAGAUGAAUAUUGGGGUUGUUGGUGGUUUUACUUCGCCGCAGAUACAAGAAAGUGGAGGUUUUUUGGCUUCGGCUGGAACCCCAGUUUCGGUGCUGCCGGCGAUGAUUAGUGGCGAUUAUGCUAAUCCUGUUUUCUCUGGCGAAGAGGGAUCGGAUUGUAGUGGUGAUAGGAAGGAAGAGCAAGCACAGCAAACGAUGCAGGUUCAGUUUCAGCAAAAACAAGUAUGUGCUAUUGAGUUUCAUUCGCCUGAAUCAGUUUCAAGCGAGGGAAGUGCAACAAAUCCACUGUCUAGGCAGAGACAAACUUUAUAUGAAGAACCUUUCGUUCAAAUUCACUCUGUAAACAAUAGGGUUUUGGCUAAUCAAGUUGAUCCGAAGAUUGGGGAUCAAAACACUAGGACUAUUCCGAUGGAACCGCAAGUUCAGGAAUCCGGUUAUGUAUUGUCCGACCUGUUUGACCAAAAUCAUCCUCCAUUGAACCAGACACAACAGGUUGUUCAUGCCGGUACUCAGUACAUCCCUGCUGGUGCAACACCAAUUACUUCAUAUUACCCGAUGCACUCUUCCCAGCAACAGAACCAUUCUCACUACCCUGCGCUCGACCGGCAGUACCCAAUUUACUUUCUGCCUGCUAGACCAACCCAAGCCUAUAAUUUGCCUGUCCAGCAACCAAAUUAUAGUGAAUCGGCACCAGCUCCAGCUUCUAGCUAUCCCCGAACACCUUCUGCAGCCUACAAUCAGGCAAGAAAUGUUCCUGCCUCAAACGCUGAAAUGGCUGCCGGUGUUUACAGAACAACUGCUCCACAGUUUCUCCAGGUUCCUUCCAGCCAGCAGCAAACACAAUAUGUUGCCUUCACUCAAAUUCAUCAUCCAUCUCAGUCAGUCGCUGUCUCUUCAGCUGCUAAUUCUAAUUAUGCUUAUGAAUUUGCUGAUCCUACACGCUCUCAAGUAUAUUAUACUCAGCAUUUGCCUCCCCAAUUGGCUUCUCAUAUCAAACCAUGA